UCAUUUCUGGCUUUCUCUCUUCUCCUCCCCCUCCCUUCCCCAGCCCGAGGGGCCCUGAGGUGACAGCGCCUGGAAGUGCGACUGGAGGAGCCGGAGGAGAAGAUGGACAAGGCCAGGCCUGGGCGUCGGCGUUCUUCGGCUGAGAUUGUCACAGAGGGAAAAAGAAAAAAGUCAUCAUCACCUGAUUUACAGGAGAUAACAAAGUUCUUAGCUGUAAAGUCAGAGGAUGUUCUUGCUCAGUCACCAUUGUCCAAACUCAGAGGCUCAGAAUGCUGGAAGCUCCCCAAGGGGUGGACAAGAAGCCUAAGAAACAAAGUCAUCUGUCUAGACCACAAAACCAAAAAAGGUGUCCAUGGGCAUCCUGUCACUUCUAAGGCAUCACCAGAAAGGCAUCUCAGAGUUAUGUUGACGAAUGUUCUAUGGACGGACUUAGGACGAAAAUUCAGAAAGACCCUACCUAGAAAUGAUGCUAAUUUAUGUGAUACCAGCAAGGUGCAAUCAGAGUCAUUGCCUUCGACAUCUGUUGACAGCGUAGAGACAUGUCAGAAAUUAGACCCUCUUCACCAAAGACUUAAUUUAUCUGAAAGGAUACCCAGAGUUAUAUUGACGGAUAUCCUGCGAACGGAGUUAGGAAGAAAAUACUUAAAGGUCCCACCUAUAUCUGAGGCCAGUUUGAGUGGUACAGCCAACCUGAAGUCAGAUCAACUUUCUUCAUCAUCUGAUGGCAGCUUAGAGUCUUGUCAGAAUGUAAAUCAUCACAAGAGCUUUUUAUCUGAAAGAGGAUCAAAACCAAGAAAGACAGAUAACAUUUCUGCAAAGAAGGCUCCAAAUGUGAAAGAAAAGCACAGAGCUGACCGUGGCAUUUCUGUGACAUCUGAUACUCAGCCUGAAGAUUUUAAUCCUGAAAGUAAAGAGUGCAAUAAUCUUGAAGAGGGGUCCAGAAACAAGAAGACUUCAUGCUCUUAUUCAGAAAUGGAACACACUCCAGUUUCCAGGAAGAGAAAGAAAAGGUUUAGAAGUCAUUUACACGAUUCUCAUAAUUCUAAAUCUUCUUUGGAUAAGUCAACAGAAUAUGGGAAAGAAGAAAAUGAUUCCACAGCCUCCAGUAAGCUUGAGCAGUCAAGUGAAAGCCGUCACUGGGACUCAACACCACCUGUAGGACUUACACCUGAACCUUCAGAGAGCGAGGCCACUAAUAAUGUGUGCUCACUUGCCGUUCAAGAAGCAGGUGUCAUUGCGGCCUCUGGGAGAGCCUGCUCACCCAGCAGAAGCCCGGAGAGCUCUGUUUCUCACAAUGAGGUGGAGAGUUCUUCCCCGGCUGAGAAGGGCAAAGAGUUGACUAUAGAAGAAAAGUCUCUUGUAGGUGGAAACAGUGAAGAGAACCAAUUGUUGAUCUCAGCUGAACCAAUUGUUGUUUCCAGUGAUGAAGAAGGACCCAUUGAACGUAAGAAUUCAGUAAUUCUGAACUUACAGCCUAAUCAAGAGUUUGAGAUUGCAAGUGAAAAUCAGGGGACUUCUGAAGUACAUUUGUCAGAACUGCGACUGAGUGCAUGUGAAUCUGUACAGGCAUCAUCUGAAUUAUGUUCAUAUAAUCCCGACAUGGAAAACAUUUCCUGUAUUAAACCUAAUAGUGAAAUGGAUCUGAAACUGGAUUUUGUAUUUACUUCUCUGUAUAUUGGUAAAAUAAAAGGAGCUUCAAAAGGUUGUGUCACGUUCACAACGAAGUAUAUUAAAAUCCCAUUUCAAGUGUCCACGAAUGAGGUUUUGCUGUCAGUGGACACCACUCAUUUAAAGAGGUUUGGGUUAUGGAAAAGCAAGGACGAUGAUCACAGUGGGAGAAGCCAUGCUAUCCUCUUCCUCUGGGUUUCCUCUAAGUAUCUUCAAGAGAUUCAGACCCAGCUGGAAAACCCCAUGUUAAGCCAGCAAUCAAAAGCCAGUGAAUUCAUUUUCCUUGAGUUAAACAGUUCCGUUUCACAAAAAGAAGAAUUGAAAUUGAAAGAUAUUAUGAUGGAAAUAAGUAAGACCAAUGGAGAAUCAGAACUCUCCUAUCCGUUGUCUUGGGUUCAGGCAUUUCCUUUGUUUCAGGAUAUCCCUUCAAAAGAAAGCUCUUUCGUUCACUAUUACUGUGCUUCAACUUGCUCUUUCCCUGUUGCUGCUGAUACAGAAACGAGGAGGAAGUCACUAUCUCAGCCCUCAAAUUCAGAUGUUAUCAAGCCUACUUACACUUUCCUACAGAAGCAGAGCAGUGGUUGCUACUCACUUUCUAUUACUUCAAAUCCAGAUGAAGAAUGGCGAGAAGUCAGGCACACUGGACCCGUUCAGAAGUUGAUUGUUUAUCCUCCACCACCUACCAAGGGGGGCUUGGGAGUAACUAAUGAAGAUUUGGAAUGUUUAGAAGAAGGAGAAUUUCUUAACGAUGUAAUCAUUGACUUUUAUCUUAAGUAUCUGCUGCUGGAGAAGGCUUCAGAUGAACUUGUUGAACGAAGUCACAUUUUUAGUAGCUUUUUCUAUAAAUGUUUGACCAGAAAGGAAAAUAAUUUAACAGAAGAUAAUCCAGAUCUCUCAAUGGCUCAGAGAAGACAUAAGAGAGUGAGGACGUGGACCCGUCACAUAAACAUCUUUAAUAAAGACUACAUCUUUGUACCUGUAAAUGAGUCGUCUCACUGGUAUCUCGCAGUCAUUUGUUUUCCAUGGUUAGAAGAGGCUGUGUAUGAAGACUGUCCACAAACUGCAUCCCAACAGUCCCAGGAUCAACAAUCUCAACAUGACAACAAAAUAAUAGACAAUGAUCUGCGUCCCACUUCAGUGGUGUCCAGUGCCGAGGAUUCCCAGAGUACCGAGAUGAAUAUGUCAGUACCAAAGAAAAUGUGUAAACGGCCCUGCAUUCUCAUACUAGACUCCUUGAAAGCUGCUUCCGUACAAAACACAGUUCAGAAUUUACGAGAGUAUCUAGAAGUAGAGUGGGAAGUUAAGCGAAAAACUCACCGUGAAUUCAGUAAAACCAGCAUGGUGGACCUGUGCCCUAAAGUUCCUAAGCAGGACAAUAGCAGUGACUGUGGGGUCUAUUUGCUGCAGUAUGUGGAGAGCUUCUUCCAGGAUCCCAUUGUUAACUUUGAACUCCCAAUUCACUUGGAGAAAUGGUUUCCUCGCCAUGUAAUAAAGACCAAGCGGGAAGAUAUUCGAGAGCUCAUUUUGAAACUGCAUUUGCAGCAACAGAAGGACAGCAGCAGUUAGUUAAUCCGUGCAGACAUGGCUCAUGCUCUCUAAAUUUCCUGGCAAGCGGCUUACCGGCAUUGUGUCAGCUUAGAAGAAAGUAACUUGUAGUAGUUCAUAAAUUGUUGAAAUGUAUAUGGUAUCUUGUUUGAGUCGUUGGGCUCUUACAGCUGCAGGUGUCAUAGAAGCACUUAUAGAAAUUAAAAUUUCAUAAAUAUAUUUUUAUGAUUAAAUAUGCUUGGAUUAUGCAAUAGCGUAUGUAAUGUGGGAAUGUUUUCGUAAGUAAUAAACCUAUGUGAUCUGUACUUCCACAUGACUGGGUGUUGAUGGGAGGUGGAUUCUCCCUGGUGCCAGCCCCAGUACUUGUCAGAUUUGUUGGCGAGUCACAUCAUAUUGUAACUCUGUUCUUUGCAGCUCAAGCAUGCAGUAUGAAUACUGUGUAUUUUUUUUAAAAAGAACUUAGUAUCAAGGCUUCAGAAAAUGCCAUUCACGGCAUCCCUUCUGUAUAGUAUAAAAAAAAGGAAAACCAUUAGAUACAAAUUUACCCUUUCAAAGUGCAGCUUAUUAUUCUCAAUUGCUAAAUGCAAUUCCACCCCCCCCGCCCCCACUUCUUCACAUGUCACAGGUAGAGGACUGAGAAGUGAGUUCAUUUGUUCAGAUAAAUGUGGAACACACUUUAAAGUACCAAAUGAGUUUUCAAAAAUUAUGUAGCUAAGCUUUGUUUUUUUUUUUUUUUUUUUUUUUUGGUUUUUCGAGACAGGGUUUCUCUGUGGCUUUGGAGCCUGUCCUGGAACUAGCUCUUGUAGACCAGGCUGGUCUCGAACUCACAGAGAUCCUCCUGCCUCUGCCUCCCGAGUGCUGGGAUUAAAGGCGUGCGCCACCACCGCCCGGCUUAGCUAAGCUUUGUUAAUUUGAGGUAUAGCUGUAUAAAUAUUCAUUCCUACAUUACUCUAGAAUGUGUGUAUACAGUUUCUAUAAAAGAUAAAAUUGGUGUCCUCAUAAUUUUAACAGAGAAAAUACUUUUAAACUUCUAUUUAUUAUUUAGAACCAAAUAUGUAAUUUUAUAGUUUGGUUACCCAUGAUUCAUCUGCAAAGCCAGAUUUCUUAUUUCUUUUAUAUUUUUAAGUUAUAGUUUUAAAGAUUAUGAUCCCUCAGGGAUCUCACUCAUACAGCACCCAAUAUUUUAUUAAAUAUUCAGGUAACAGUUCUACUGAAUUUAUGUGAUGAUGGUGGUAUUAUCUAGUAAGCACUUUAGAAUCUUAUGCUAUCAGAAAUAUUUUUAGGGAGAUAUGAUCAUAUUGUUUUCUCAGAUAAUGGGUUUUAGAAUAUUAUUUUAAACAUAUCUUGGAUUUACAGUUAUAACUGUUGUAAAGCAUUUGAAACAAAGUAAAUUUAAGAUAAAACUAAGAAGUCUGAAGGUUUUAUUUCAAAAUCAAGUGACUUGGGUUGCCAGUUAGCCUUAGUGUCCUCAGAUUCAGCUGGUCUUGUCUCUCUUUGCACUGUUCAGGAUACAUGGCUUUGGGGAUUUUACAUGAAAGUGCUUAUUAACUGCAUAUUUCAUUCCCAACUUAUGUAUGUUGGCGAGAAAACUUUUUUUUAAAGUGGCUGUUAAUUGUUUUGUACAUCUAAUUUUGGAAAGCAAGUGUAUAAGAGAUCUUAUAAUUUCUGACCUUUUCUGUUUGUGUGUUUUUCAAAGAUACCACUGUCCUUCAUCAUGUUUUGGAGACUGUUUAAAAUUUGUUUUCCUAAAUUCAUGUAGAAAUAAUGGUUUGAGGAUGUCAACAUUUUAUAUUAAACAUGUUUUCAAUUC